AAUUUACUUGACUCAUGCCAUCGGAGUAGGAUUGGUGUUUUACGAGAUAAUAAAUACCUGUCCGUAAUCCGAGGUCUACACUGCAGACAGAGCUUUUGAAUCCUUAACUUAGGAGUGAGACAGAUAAGACAGAUACUCCACCAUGGACAGGUUACUUCGACUUGGAGGAGGUAUGCCAGGUCUUGGGCAAGGCACCACACCCAGCGAUGGACCUGUGGUUGAUACAGCAGAACAAGUUUACAUCUCAUCUCUUGCACUUCUCAAGAUGUUAAAACAUGGCAGAGCUGGAGUACCUAUGGAAGUUAUGGGUCUGAUGUUGGGAGAAUUUGUGGAUGAUUACACAGUCAGAGUAAUUGAUGUCUUUGCUAUGCCACAAUCAGGAACGGGAGUGAGCGUAGAAGCUGUAGAUCCUGUAUUCCAAGCUAAGAUGUUGGACAUGCUGAAGCAGACGGGUCGUCCAGAGAUGGUGGUGGGAUGGUAUCACUCUCAUCCAGGGUUCGGAUGCUGGUUGUCGGGCGUCGACAUCAACACACAGCAGAGUUUUGAGGCCCUUUCAGACAGAGCGGUCGCUGUCGUGGUCGAUCCCAUACAGAGUGUGAAAGGGAAGGUUGUAAUAGAUGCAUUCCGAUUGAUCAACCCUAACAUGAUGGUGCUGGGGCAGGAGCCUAGGCAGACCACAUCUAACCUAGGUCAUCUACAGAAACCAUCUAUUCAAGCCUUGAUCCAUGGUCUUAACAGACAUUACUACUCAAUCGCUAUCAAUUACAGGAAGAAUGAAUUAGAACAAAAGAUGCUCUUAAAUCUUCACAAAAAGAGCUGGAUGGAUGGAUUGACGUUGAAGGAUUACAAUGAACAUUGCAAGCUGAAUGAAUCAACUGUCAAAGAGAUGCUCAACCUGGCUAAGGUUUACAAUAAGGCUGUAGAGGAAGAAGACAAAAUGACGCAAGAGCAACUGGCCGUGAAGAACGUUGGCAAGUUGGACCCUAAGCGCCAUCUGGAAGAGAGGGUGGAGGUUCUAAUGACAUCGAAUAUCGUCCAGUGCCUCGGUGCUAUGCUGGAUACUGUUGUAUUUAAAUAGUAUAUUACCAACUGUCGUCACAUGUAAAUAUUUUGUAGGUAUUCCCAUGUAAACUAUCUAUCACCAACAAUAUCAAUUGAAUUGGUGAGUAUCACAGAAGAGAAAAAAAAACAAAACAGCUUUACACAAGUUUCUUGGUGAAGCAUCAGAUGUUUUGACCUCCAUAAUUUCUGGUGAAAGUUUUUCUACUGUGCUUAAUACUGGUCCAACAGUAAAGGGUAGACAUAUAUGUCAUUUGGGUAAAAAAUUUGAACAAAUUACUUACCUACUUCUGGAAAAGAAAGCAAACCCUGGUGCAUUGUAAUAUUUUGGCUAAAUGAGACAUUACAGGUAUGUCAUUUUCCACCCUAAUCUGCUGGUACACUUGGUACCACACGUAAUGAAUUAUCCUAGCUCUUGGUUUGAUUCUGAAAUGCAGGUAUGUGCAGCUGAUGGGUUUCCUGUUAUUCGUGGGAAUUUCAUUUCUGUAUUUGAUGCCUUGAUUUCAUGCUAUUGCACCCAGUGAUUAUAAUGAUGUAUUUUGGUAAAGGAAGGAUUGGGGAUAAGCCUAAACCUAAACCACAAUCAGAUUUAUUUGAAUUUUUUAUUUUCCUAAAAUGUCCUUUAAUUUCUGUUAUGGUCAGAUGUGAAAACUGCUUCAAGUUAUGAUAUGUGAUAUUGCCAGAAUACUAUACGCAUGGUUGAAGAAUGCUUUGAAAAAGAACAUGCAUUUGUAUCCAGACAACGGUUAAAAUUUCCUGUAGGGUGGGGGGGGGGGGGGGAUCAAAUUAAAGAAAUACAGUUAUCAAAGGAAGUUUUGGACUUUUCUGUAUGAUGACAUACAUGGCUAUUGGCAGAAGGGUUGGUACUUUCAAGAGUUCAAUUUACUAGCUUGCAGUAUAUUUUUUGCAAUGAGCCGAUGUAAGUUGUGAAUUAAAAAAGAGAGUCAGUUACAUCCGAGAUGCAUAGAAAGUGUUGUGAUUUAUAUGGAACUGAAUGAGCAACUCAUUCCAGAACGCAUAUAGAAUUGAAGGAUUUUACAGAUACUGAGAAGUUAGCAUAUGGACAUAUUUAAAGAUAAAAAUCAUUCACAUUACAGAUAAUUAAGUGAGGUUUAUUCUUACUUUGACUAACGUAUAUUUAUUUGUUAAUGAAAAAAACAUGCGAGAUGGCUACUUUUGCAGCCCAAAAUGUAUAUGUAUGGAUAUGCAGGUCAUUGCAUCUCAUAGAAAUUUUUGUAACACAAUUGCAAGUAUUGAUUAUAAGCAAAGCAAAUUCUUAUGUAUUCUUCUUAUUUCAAGCAAAAUAAAACUUCCAAGAAAUUGAAACACUUUGUUGUAUCAAAUAGUUAUCAGUCACAGAAAUCUAUUGCCAGAGAUCUGCUCACUAAUCAACCCCAAAAAAAAUCUCAUUUGUAAUAGAUUUUUGUGACAUCAUUCUAGGCCUUUCAUGAAGAAGGUAACUAUGUUUGUAAUGUUUCAUUAUGUUGCAAAUAAAGAUGUACAUAAUGUACAAUGUACUGUCA